UAGGGACCGGCAUCAGUCGCAGCCUCUAGCUCAUCCAGCACAGUCGCUUCAAAACAAUCCACAAAAACCCAAAAUGAAAUUCCUCAUUGCCUUCGCCCUGUUCGCCUGCGUGGCCGCCGAUGUUAGCCACCUGAGCAACGAGUACCUGCCACCGGUCCAGAACUCCUACUCUGCCCCCUCAGUGAGCUACUCCGCUCCUGCCAUCCAGCAGACGUACUCCGCCCCUGCCAUCCAGCAGACCUAUGCCGCCCCCAGCAACGAGUACCUGCCACCCGUGCAGUCCUACUCUGCCCCAGCUGUCCAGAGGACUUACUCCGCUCCAGCUGUCCAGAGGACCUACUCCGCCCCAUCGGUCAGCUACUCUGCUCCUUCCGUGAGCUACUCUGCUCCUUCGGUCAGCUACUCUGCUCCUGCUCCUUCCGUGAGCUACUCUGCUCCCUCUGUGAGCUACUCCGCCCCUGCUGUCCAGCAGUCGUACUCUGCUCCUGCCGUCAGCUACUCCGCUCCCGCUGUCCAGCAGUCGUACUCUGCCCCCUCUGUCAGCUACUCUGCUCCCUCGGUCAGCUACUCCGCCCCAGCUGUCCAGCAGUCGUACUCCGCUCCCGCCGUCAGCUACUCCGCCCCAUCGGUAAGCUACUCUGCUCCCGCUGCCGAUGUCGGUACCCAGUAUGCCUCCAACGGUGGAUACGUCUACAGGAAGUAAGGAACUCGAACCCAGAGGCCUGCAACUGAACACGAAAUAGUGUAAAUACAUACAUACUACUGCCCCAAAUCACCAUCUAUUUUUUUUUGUAUUGUAAACUUUGUUAACGCCGAAAAUUA